AUGUCUUACCGCACGUACGAGGUCACUCCCGGCCAGCCAAACUCCAACUACCAGUCCGACUCGUAUGGACAGCCCCCCUCCUACAGCCAAGCUACCUCGUACAGAUCGCCCCCUUCCUACAGCCAAGCUACUUCAUACGGCCAGCCUACCACUUACGAUCGACCUGAUCCCUACGCUCAUGCUAGAGCCUACACCCAGCAGAGCUCCUACGCUCAGCCCGGUAACACAAUCAGGUAUGUCCCUUCUGUUGAAUCCAGACGGAAUGCACAGUCAACUCAGUCUGUGCACUCCACACAGAGCAUCGACCGUCGCCGCUCUAGCGAUAAUGAGCCCCUGAUGAUCCGUCGUCAACGUCGUAUUGACGAAAUCGCAGACAACCUCCCUCUCCGCACAAGACGCAUGUAUCCACAGACUGCGCAGAACAUUUACAGACAAGACCUGGUCUUCGACCACACUUCACACUGUCGUGACUACGACGGUCGCUUCUACUGCUAUUGCGGUCACAGAACUUCUCAACAACACAGGAGUAUCUUGCACGCCACCAGCGUCCAUUACGCUCCCACGCCUUACGUCUGCCCUGCCUGUGGCGUUCAUUGCCCUCGCGGUUUGUACCAGUACAAUGCUCAUCUGCAGGAGUAUCAUCCUGAACUUGUCCAGCAUGCUGCUCUGCAGUACCGCAAUGAUCGCUUCAUUCGCCGCGAUGGAUCUUACUACAACUAA